AUGAAAAUACCAAACCCAGGCCACCUGUUUACGGCUCCUCCUCUUUCUGUCUUUAUACUUUACUUUCUACAUUUUGUCAUUGUUUUGUUGAUUCUUGGCUAUAGUGUUAUGGGCGCGUAGUUUUUUUUUGUUUUUUUUGCGAAUUAGAGAAAGCAAAUUACUUUUCUUCA